UUUCCCAGGGGGACGGACGUGAAACUGGGCCAAAGGGUGCCGAACGGGCGGCGAUAAGAUGAAAUGGGCCACUGCGUUAUGCUGAACGGGCCAUGACUGGCUGAAAAGGGCCGCAAAACCCUCAAGUCAAGUCUUUUUUUCAACUACAUUUGACUAAUUGUCUGAAUAAUGCACAAUAUUAGUCACAUAUCACUCCUACAACAAAUCAUAUUUUCCCACCUCAUGCGUCAAAGCCCUUUUAUUUAUUUAUUUAUUUAUUUUGAUUUGGACCCCCUUUUAUCUCAACCCAUCAUGGACAUGUACCAUGGAAGUGUUUUGAAAAUGAUUCAACACAAUUCUUGCAGUUCUGGGUAGUAACAGAAUUACAUGUAAUCUGUAUUACAUAAUCAGAUUACAAAAAUCAAGUACUUGUAAUUGGAUUCUUUAAGGGUUCUGCACAUAGUGUACACUAUUGUUCAACUGCAAAAUGUGCAGCAAUAUGGAACAAAGCCCAUCGCUAUUGUUGCUGCUGAUGCAGUGCAGUCCACUGUAUGAACAAUUGUUCCUUGUGUGACUCGGUGGAAAAACUGUGUUUUACAAUAUUCUGCUCUUUUAGAAUAUUUUUGUUGUUCAGCUUUGGAAUAAGUGAUGGACUAUCAGUAAGCAGUAAGGGUUAAAAGUGUUUCACUGUUUUUAUAUGAAAGCUUUGACCUAUCAAUGUCAUUGCUGUUAAUUUUAUGGUCAUUAAUGUUUGUAAUGUUGCUAUUAUUAUGCUCUUAAAUGAACUUGAAGUCUCAGUGUGUUUUUAUUUCUAAAAAUUGUAUAAUUAUAUUUUGGCAAUGCGCUGUCAUUGUUGUUAGAUUUAAUGUUAUUUCAUUCAUGUUCCAAAAGUAAUCAGAUUAGAUUGUCCCAAAAAGGGGCGGAGGAGUGCCCUGCCGUCCCCCAGAAACCCGGAGGGGGUCAAGGUUAGACCGCCGUCCGCGAGGGGAGGAGGGAAGUAACUCCCCGAUCGCCUGGAGCGGUAGGUCCGCUGCCAGGGGCGGAGGAAUGUCCCCAGGUGCCGCCAGAAAAGCGGAGGGGCGUCCUGUCCGCUGGGGGUCGGAGAUUUGACUCCGGUUCGCCCGGAGAGGAGCGGCUGUUGUCCGCCGGAGAGUGUGGUGUAGUGUUCGAGGACCACGCGACGGUACAUCAGAGAACUGGUCGAGUAAGGCGGGGAUGACCUGAAGGGGCGCAAAGCACGCCCCUCCCAGGGAAAGGGGGGAGGGUGUAGGUCAUGCCGGUGGCACUGAGGAAACGCCGGGAGGAGUGUGGAGCAGAGGGGGGGCGGGGCCGGGCUAGAAUGUCGCACGCCCGGUCCCCAAUCGGCCUGAUGGGGCGCGCGAGGGAUAAAGGCGGCCGGUGACGACGGUUCGAGAGAGAGAGAAUUACGAGCAUGUCCGUCAUGUCCAAUCCCUUUCUCCUCCCUCUGAAGACUGGAGCCUAAACCGGCAGCACACAUCAGAAUAAUUUGAAAGGCCCGUCCUCAAACAGACGCAAAGAUGUGUGACCAGACAUUUUUGGCCAUCACGUUUGGCCCGUGUGAUAACUGCAGUCAUAGCAAACCUCUGAUGAACAUCUAUCUGAAGAAUGAGCCUAUCAACUACUGCUCGCUGUGUGUGGAGCUGAUGGCCUGUCAGGGACUGGCGAAGGGCGAAACCAUCAACACGCUGAAAGUGGAGUCUGACUCUCUGAAAUCCAAACUGGAGGAGGAGAGAGCUAAACUGCACGAUGUCGAGCUACAUCAGGUGGCAGAGAAGAUCGAUUCUUUGGGUCAGUUCGUCAUGAAGACCAGGAGAACUUUAAAAGGACAUGGGAAUAAAGUUCUGUGCAUGGACUGGUGCCGGGACAAGAGAAGAAUCGUCAGCUCCUCUCAGGAUGGAAAAGUCAUUGUGUGGGAUGCAUUUACAACCAACAAGGAGCACGCAGUCACUAUGCCCUGCACCUGGGUCAUGGCUUGUGCUUACGCCCCCUCUGGUUGUGCUGUGGCCUGUGGUGGGUUGGAUAAUAAAUGCUCUGUUUAUCCUCUCUCUCUGGAUAAAAAUGAGAACUUGGCAGCUAAGAAGAAAUCUGUGGCCAUGCACACCAACUAUUUGUCUUCCUGCAGCUUCACCAACUCUGAUAUGCAGAUUCUGACAUCAAGUGGUGACGGCACAUGUGCAUUAUGGGAUGUUGAGAGUGGGCAGCUGCUGCAGAGUUUCCACGGUCACUCAGCAGAUGUGCUCUCAUUGGACCUCGCUCCCUCUGAGACAGGAAACACCUUUGUGUCUGGGGGCUGUGAUAAGAAGGCUAAUGUGUGGGAUAUGCGCUCAGGGCAGAAUGUUCAGUGCUUUGAGACUCAUGAUUCUGACAUCAACUGUGUGAAAUAUUAUCCCAGUGGAGACGCUUUCGCAUCUGGAUCUGAUGAUUCUACGUGUCGUCUGUAUGACUUGCGAGCUGACCGUGAGGUGGCCAUCUACGCCAAAGAGAGCAUCAUAUUUGGAGCCUCCAGUGUGGACUUUUCUCUCAGUGGCCGGUUGCUGUUUGCGGGUUAUAAUGACUACACCAUUAAUGUCUGGGAUGUCCUGAAAGGUACCAGGGUGUCGAUUCUCUUUGGCCAUGAAAACCGGGUCAGCACCGUCAGAGUUUCCCCUGAUGGUACUGCGUUCUGCUCAGGGUCAUGGGAUAACACCUUGCGGAUCUGGGCUUGAGGAUUGGCCGUGCACAUAUGUGUGAAGAGAUAUUUGUAGAGGGGCUUCUCAGAAUCACACAGCACACAAUUACUCUAUUUUAUUGAUCUUAGCACAAAUGACUUUUUAUCCUGCUAUUUUCCUUCUAUUUUAGUAAAAUACAAAAUUUAAAUAGAUUGCCACUGUAGUAAUUUGUAAAUUACACUAAAAUCUAAAGAAUGUUUUAAUAUAAUUGUCAAUAGUUUUGUAGGUACAUUUUAUGGUAAUGAUUUAAGAGAGUUGAUAUCAGUUUUUGUGCAACAGACCUAGGAGUUUAUAUCCAGAACUUUCUCUGAAAUUCACUUUACUAUCACAAUUUUAUGUAUUUAUCUUACACAAUUCUAUCAUUAUGAAUGAGUUUUGCUUGCACUACAAUGUAAAAAAGAAAAUGUUUAAAGUUGUCCGGUGGCUAUAGGCCUUUUUCAGGUCAAAUGUGUUGUCAAUCAAAAUCAAUUAGCUGAAAUUGUUUAAUGUUUCAAAUUUACAUACACUAUGUAUUUACUCUUGUCUCAUAUCGUUAAUUGUUGUCACUGUAAUCAGAAUUAAAUGUAAUCUACUUC